GUAUGCGUUCUUCUUCCUCUGCGUUCUUCUUCCAUAACUCUCCCCAACUUCAACUCCAAUUUGAAAGUCUCUUCACAGAGCAGCGCACGAUAGUCGUAUAUUUGGUGAAGCCCUUUGUAGACCGGAACUUAACUUUCCACGUCCAAUUGGAAAUAAGUAUUAUCUAGCUAGUUGAUGCAGGAUAUCCUCACAUGAAGGGAUAUAUGGCUCCAUACAAAAGAGAUAAUGUGAGAUAUCACCUAGCACAAUUUCGCCGUGGUGCAACAAGACAAUUGCGAGAACAAAGAGGGCGAAUUGAAAAACUUAACUAUUUGCAUUCUUCUUGUAGAAAUAUUGUAGAGCGCACAUUUGGGGUUUGGAAAGCAAGAUGGUCUAUUUUGCGAGACAUGUCUUUCUAUCAUAUUGACACUCAAAGAGACAUCGUACUUGCUAUUAUGGUCAUUCAUAACUAUAUUAGAAAGAAAUGCAAUAUGGAUGAUGCAUUCCGAGCAGCUGAGAAUGAGAAAUAUGUUCCAUCUCUUGAUUCUGAUGUUGGUACAUCUUUGAGAGCUAAUAACAAUAUAAAUGCGGAAAAUGUGGAAGAGCAAAGUGAUCUUGUUUGGAUGGGUCUUCGCGAUUUGAUUGCUAAUGAAAUUUGUGAAGCUUGAUACUUGUAGUUGUAUGAAUCUUUUAAAACAUUAAUAUUUAUUAUUUUACAUUCCAA